GCAAAGUUUAAUCUUUGCAAUUUAUCCCGGGUCUAAAACCCUAAACCCACUCAUCAUCGCUGAAAGUAGAGAAAUAGAGAGAUACAGAGCACCCCAACCCAUCAAUCAUGGCCACCACAACCGAUGCUGGUGUGGAAGCCCUAAACCGUCUCAAAGAAAUAGAUCCACCUUCGUUGCUCGCACCUAAUCCAGCGUUGUCCCAAACUGCUCGUACUGCAUCGCAAUACCUAUUCUCCUCCCUCAGACCCUUCUCCCAAAAAUCGCCAUUAGACCAACUCCUCGUCGACGGUUACGACGCUGAGCAAAUUUGGCAUCAAAUUGAUAUCCAAUCACAGCCACUUUUGUCCACCCUUCGCCGCCGGUUGAAGCAGCUGGUUAACAAUCCUGAAGAGAUUUCGAAGUUGAAGGCUCCUUCCGAUGUUGCUAACAAGGCUGAGCCAAAGAAUAAUCAAGACGAGUGGGAGGAAGAAGAAAGCGAUGGUUUUGAUGAGGAAUUGGAUGAAGGUGAUGAAGAUGUGGAUGAGGAUGAGGAAGGAGUAGAAAAGGAGGAGGGAAAAGGAGAAGAAGAAGGGAACGAGGAUGAAGACGAGGAAGAUGAAGAAAGCGCAGAGGAGGAUGAAGAAGAGAAAGGUGAAGGUGUUGGCAUCGAAGAUAAAUUUUUUAAAAUAAAUGAACUGAAUGCGUUUUUAAAGAAGGAGGAGGUAGACAAGGGCGAGCAAGACAGUGAAGAUGAUGAUAUGCUCGAUGAGGCUGGUGAUUUUGAGAUGGAAGAGGAUGAUGAUGAUGAAGACGAAGAAGAAGAAGAAUUAGAAGAGGAAGAAGAAGAAGAAGAAGAGGAAGAGGAAGAAGAAGAGGGCAAGGAAAAAACAAGGUAUGACGACUUAUCUGGAGAUAAAGUGAAGAAGAAUAAGACUCCUUCUACCCAUGAAAAGCAGCUGGAAAAACUUCAAUCAAAGAUAGCGCAAAUGGAGAAAGCUAACGUAGAGCCAAAAACUUGGACUAUGCAGGGUGAGGUAACUGCUGCAAAGAGACCCACGAAUAGUGCAUUGGAAGUUGAUCUUGACUUUGAGCAUAAUGUUAGACCUACUCCUGUAAUCACUGAGGAGGUUACUGCUUCACUUGAGGAUAUGAUACAGAAAAGGAUUAUUGAGGGAAUUUUUAAUGAUGUUCAAAGGGCUCCUAAAUUGCCAUCGAAAGCGCCUCGGGAAGUUAAAGAAUUAGAUGAUAAUAAAAGCAAGCAGGGUCUUGCCGAACUUUAUGAGCAAGAAUAUGUUCAGAAGAUUGAUCCCACUUCGGCUCCAUUGUCAUUCAAAGAUGAACUAAAAAAUGAGGCAAGCAUGCUGUUUAAGAGACUCUGUCUGAAGCUGGAUGCCCUUUCUCAUUUUAACUUUGCUCCAAAACCUGUUAUAGAGGACAUGUCCUUUCAAACUAAUGUACCUGCUCUGGCAAUGGAAGAGAUUGCUCCUGUGGCUGUUUCGGAUGCUGCUAUGCUGGCCCCUGAGGAGGUCUUUGAUGGUAAGGGUGAUGUUAAGGAAGAAACGGAACUUACACAGGCAGAAAGAAAAAGGAGGAGGGCUAAUAAAAAAAGAAAAUUUAAAGCUGAGGAAGUAAAAAGAUCCGAAAAGAAGGCACCAGUGAAUGCAGUUUCUAGCCAAGUUAAUGGCUAAGACCCAUAUCAUAAUCAUAUUUCAGUUACUUACGGAAGCUGCACAGCUAACAACAUUAAGUUCACAUGUAUCCCGUGUGAACCAGAAGUAAAAUAGGGAGAAUUUUUGGGGUCAACCUUGAUCCACGAGGGUGGGGAUUAGAGUAAAUUUGAAUGCUCUAUAUGGUUGCUGUUUCCGUUGUUCCUUGACUUUAUAGUUAUAUUGGUAGGAAAUUCACUAUUUAUUUAUAUUUACAACUUUAUAGCAGCUGUGGUAUUUACUCUGCAAUUUUUGUAUUCUUUAAUUUUAUUGACAGCUGCUUAUGUUGUAUUGUUUCAUCAAAGGUAAUAACAAUUAUAAAUUUCUGAACCAAUUAAGAGAAUUGUUGGAAUA